CCAGGCGUGUUCUUCAAAACCUGCGCGUCCACCACUAUCUUCUCCUCGCUGCGCAUCCUCGACGUUUGCGCGUCUUCUUCCCCCCUUCGGCUCGUCGCCAAGGGUUACAACACUGACAUCGGCCCGAUGUUGCAGAAACCUGCGACCAUAGAAUCAGAAGGCUCCGAGCCGUCCCUCACGCUUCAGUUCCUCAAUUUGCAUCCUCUCGACGCGCUCGCCUUGCUCGCGUUGGGCCUCGCGCGGCAACGCGGCACACCCACGAUGCACACGCUCAUCGUCCGUGGCACCCCGCUCGACGUGUCGACUCACGUGCGCUGGCGGCACCUCUUCCGCGCUAGGCCCGCACGCAAUCUGUGCACCCUGCGACUCAUCGGGCUCCCCACGCGGAGCAUCCAGGAAUGUCUCUAUGUGCUCUCCUACCCGUUGAAGUCCGUGGAAGAGCUACGCGCUGAGCCGCUCCUCCCGCAUCUGGCGACGCUUGUGAUCGUCCGGCCCGUGGGGGUGUUCAACAAGCAGCUGCGGAAGGUGCUGGGGAAGGCGCUGGAGACGCUGGAGGUGGUGGGUGUGCAGGGCCGCCUGAAGACGGCUUGGAGGCGUCUGCGCACAUUCUGCACAGUGAAGGUGUCUGAGGAUCAUGCUUUGUGAAGGGGCCUUGCAGUAUGUUGAGUCGAUCUCUUCUGUCGUGAUCCGUCUGCGUGAUCCUCAUUUUCCUCCUUGUAAGCGCUGUCUUCGCAUCUGUGAAGCCUAGGGAAGCGACAGGCGGGCCAGGGCUGUAAAAGACACGGUAGACUGUUUCUAUGUGAUCGGAAUCACUCACCUCGCGGAACGGUGGAGAAAUAAUCAAUCUUGGUCGAGGAGGAAAU